ACCGCUUCGAGUUUAGCAUGCACAGCGGUUAGCCAGAGCGAGCCCGUCCACCUUGCACGAAUCCAAGGGGUGCCUCUGCGAGACUGCACAUAUCAACCCUCGCGCCGCCCUUCCCUGCGGCCCCCAGGCGGCGCGCUCCUUUCGCUCGCCCUCCGCGUCUCCCUGUACCAUAACCACGCAUAUUCUUCUUCUUGUACCCACCCUAUCCCUGAAGACUACUGUCGCUCAGCUUCCACCCAUAUAUAAGCCGCCCCACGCUCCACUUUCUGAACUCCCCCUGCAAGUAUUGCGCCCAAGUCGCAACUCGACAUAUUCCUGUGGAUACAGACUCCACACCCAGAGCCGUUGGUCGCAGCAUGGCCGGCAUGGCGAGUAAUGCUCGGUCGCGCGACUACACUGGUGGUGUCUCAAUCAAUGGCGCUGAUAACGAUCGCGCAUCUCACACAACACUUGGCUGGGGAGGCAGUAUAUGGAAUCGCAGUUCCAUAGGCUCCGGCUUCGGUUCCACAGCGCGAGACAGCUCGCGGCCUCGAGAGAAUGGCACCUUCAUGGGCGCGCCGUCGGAUCUUGUUGAGGGUAAGACCGGAUCGGGCUCCCUCGUCGCAUCGUCUGAGUCCGACGGCUGGAUUCACAACCGCUCUCCAUGGGCGGACAGCACCACAGCCAGCAUGCCCCACGUCCGAAGCUCAGGCGUCUCUCCCGCGCGAAAGAGGUCUGCUGCCCAGCCAGAGCCUUCCCAGCAGUACGCAGACACUUCUUCGUCAAACUACUUUCCCGUGUCCAGGCCGGCUGCGGUCGGCCAGGCGCCCGUUGCAAAGCCGCCAAAGCCGCUCCUUGACCCUACGUCCAUGAACUUCACCUCCACCCGCCGAAUAGAUGCCUUAGGUGCCAACGGAUUUCCUACCUUUGGAUAUGGUCAGGUCGAGGUCCCGCAACGGUCUGAGGCUUCAGCGGCGUCAUGGCACGAUGCCGCCUCGGUUCAUUCUCCUAAUGAUGAUAGGCGAAGCGUGGCAGCUUCGGAGUAUUUUGGUCCAUCAAGUGCUGCGCCUUCACGGAGUGGAAGCCUGCCGCCAUCCCGGCACGGCAAUGAACCUGUCCCGCUCAAUCAGAACGCGGAUGCGUACCCAAGAUAUACUCAAGCUGGCCAACGUCAACAUUCCUCCUUCUCGGUUGCCAACGGCCGUGCUUUCCAGGAGCGAAGUGGUUCGAUCCAGAGCGACUCGCUCCAGAUGCUUGGGCGGCUGAGCCUUGAGCAUGACCCGGAUCCAGGAAUGAUGUCGCACCGGCCAUCAGUGAGCAUCAACGGACUUGCUCCGGCUUUCAGCCCUGCCGCCAACGACCCGCAUCUGCCACGCGACAACUUCGCAGAUGCUCAAGCUUUGGGAAGGACUGAUGAUGCCGGCUAUGGGAUCUCUGGGACCUAUACCCCAGACAGUUACACUAACGGACAUGUUAGCGACCCGAGCAUUCAAUUCCGAGCUUUCAACUUCGACAGCCGUAGCGCACCAAACGGGUCUGCUGUCCGUCAGAGCCCGCUCUACUCCCAUGCGCAUACACCGCCGGUAUUCGACCAUCUGUAUCCUUCGCGGGCCGACCAGACUUUGUCAAAUACCAACAACUUCGCGCUUGUGCAAAGCAAGCUGCAAGGCUAUCAGCUCCAACAAGAGCGGCGCAACUACAUCCACCCAAAUCAAUACCAUCCGCAACAGUUUCAGCACAUAAUAGCCGCCAACCAGCUCCGGAAUUCGUAUGGCUACCAGUUCGCCGUUCCUAAUCCAGGUAUUCCCCUGAACAGCCUCCCUCCCAAUCUUGCAAUGAACGCAAUCCCCCCCAUUCAAGGAGUGCUUCCCAUGAUCGAUCCGCCAAAGGCUCCACGCGACCACAGUAAUCCACCUGAGCUAGGCGCCAUGAGUACCGUCUUGUACAGUUUCAAACAGGCCAGCAAGACUAACCGCCGGGUGGACUUGAAGGACAUCUACGGCUAUAUUGUGGAGUUCAGCGGAGACCAGCAUGGAUCGCGAUUCAUUCAGCAGAAGCUCGAGAGUGCGAACAGCGACGAAAAGGACAAGGUAUUCCGGGAACUGCAGGAGAACUGCUUGCAGCUAAUGCAGGAUGUGUUCGGCAACUACGUCAUCCAGAAGUUCUUCGAACAUGGCGACCAGACUCAGAAGAAGUUCCUUGCGAAUCGUAUGAAAGGCCACAUACAACAACUCUCCACGGGAAUGUACGGUUGCAGAGUGGUGCAGAAGGCUCUUGAGCACGUUCUGACCGACCAGCAAGCGUCCAUCGUACAGGAGCUCGAGAAAGAUGUGCUGAGAUGCGUCAAGGAUCAGAACGGCAACCACGUUAUUCAGAAGGUUAUUGAACGGGUGCCCAUCGACUAUAUUCAGAACAUCAUACAGGCAUUCCAAGGCCAAGUAGGCGCUCUCGCCGUACAUUCCUACGGCUGUCGCGUCAUUCAGCGGUUGCUGGAGAAGGUCCCGGAACCCCAACGAAGAUUCAUCCUCGCCGAGCUUCAUGCAGAAGGACCUAAGCUCAUAUCCGACCAGUACGGCAACUACGUUACGCAGCACGUCAUCGAGCACGGAUUACCAGAGGAUCGCGCGAAGAUCAUCGCACUCGUUAAGGCUCAGCUUCUCGUCUUCUCAAAGCACAAGUUUGCAAGCAACGUGGUCGAGAAGUGCUUACUUCACGGAACUGAUGACCAGCGCCGGGGGAUCAUGCUUACCAUCAUCGAGAAGAAUGAGCGAGGCGAAAACAGCCUAUUGACUUUGAUCAAGGACGGCUAUGGUAACUACGUCAUUCAGAAGAUGAUGGACACGCUCUGUUAUCGAGAUUUCCAGGACUUCGUUGCGGUACUAAAGCCCGAGCUGGAGAAGGCCAAGAAGAUCGUUUCUGGCAAGCAGAUUCUCUCCGUCGAGAAGAAAAUGUACCGCUUCCAGCGCGUUGACAGCGUCUCGUCCACGACCACUGUAGCCACCUCGCUUCGUUCUCCGACCGAUAGUCCGCCCACGCCUCCUCUCACGAGCGAGGCACAGAGCCCCCAGAGCAUAUCUCUCCCAAGCGCGAACACGUCGACCGUUGACGAACCUGUACACUCAUCUCCUUCUACUAAUAAGGACAUCGUUGCUCCGCCCAGCGUCGUCAGCGACGAGAAUGCCUCGUAGAUAUUAUACAUUACGAAGAAAGAGAAGACACGGCCUUGCGCAUAUACUUUUGUCGAAUCGGCCUCCAUUCGUCCAUUUCCCGAUUUACCAUUACUACUGCAUGCAUGGUUACGGGGGACAUCGGGGCGCCGUCGGUUUGUUUUUGUUCAUCUCAUGGGCAGAAGGAGCAUGUUAUAUACCAUACUUACACAGCUCGGGCUCUUCUUUCCUUCUAUCACUAUUUUAAUUCUUUUUCUUUUUGUCGCUCUCCGUUCUACUACCAUGGCGAUGCGCUUUUCAGCGCCAC